CGCGACAUGGCCGCAGCGCGCGAGGAGUUACAGAAAGAUUUGGAAGAGGUUAAAGAAUUGCUCACGAAAGUCACGAGGAAGCGACUCCGCGAUGUCCUGAUGACAGAGAAACACAAGCUAGAGCUAGAAAUCAAGAAUCAGCCUCCACUGAAACCAAAAGAUGCAGUAGAGGAAGAAAAGUCAUCACUGGGAGGGUACACAGUGAAAAUAAACAAUUAUGGUUGGGAUCAGUCAGAUAAGUUUAUUAAGAUUUAUAUCUCUUUAAAUGGAGUCCAGAAGCUUCCAGCUGAGAACGUGCAGGUGAAUUUCACAGAGAGGUCGUUUGAUCUGCUAGUGAAGAAUCUGAAUGGGAAGAACUACACCAUGACCUUCAACAACCUCCUGAAACCCAUCUCUGUGGAAGGCAGCUCUAGAAAGAUAAAGACAGACAUGGUCCUUGUGAUGUGUAGGAAGAAGCGGGAGGAAAAAUGGGAAUGUCUCACUCAAGUGGAAAAAGAAAGCAAAGAGAAAGAGAAGGCUGCCUAUGACACCUCAGAUCCUAGUGAAGGGCUUAUGAACCUUUUAAAAAAGAUGUAUGCAGAAGGGGAUGAUGAAAUGAAGCGGACCAUCAACAAGGCCUGGGUUGAAAGCAGAGAAAAGCAAUCCAAAGGGGACAUACCAAUGGAUAUUUGAAAGUACUCUAAGGGCCGCCUUAAUACUGAUCUUCCAUGUGAGACAUGCUGUGCUGCAAAGAUCAUUGUUUACACAACCUUCUUCCAAGCAAAGACAGUCAUUUUCCAUUUCAGGUUGGAGAAAAUAUUUAAUUAAAAUAGAUUAUAAAGCA